AUGUACUCCUACAGUGCAUCCACCUCUGGAGAUGUGUCCUCUACGACGUUCAAACCAGCCACUACAAUUCAUACUGAACACAUGAAGACCGUCCGAGCGGUUGCCUGGUCCCCGUCUGGCCAAACGCUCGCUACUGCCUCGUUCGAUUCCAAUGUAGGGAUCUGGGAACAGGAGAGAGACGAUGACGAGGAUGAUGACGAAGGUGAAGGAAGAUUGAACCCGACUGCGGAUUGGGAAUGUGUUGGGACGCUCGAGGGACACGAGACCGAGUGCAAAUCGGUUGCCUACUCGUGCACUGGUACCCUUCUCGCCAGCUGCAGUAGAGAUAAAUCCGUGUGGGUCUGGGAAGUCCAGCCAGAUGCAGAAUUUGAAUGUAUGGGCGUGCUCCUGGAACACAGUCAGGACGUGAAAUGCGUUGCAUGGCACCCCCAGGAAGAGAUCCUAGCCUCGGCCUCAUAUGACGAUACGAUCAAGCUGUACAUAGACGACCCAUCCGAUGAUUGGUACUGCUUUACCACCCUCCAAGGCCACACCUCCACCGUCUGGUCGCUCGCGUGGAGCCCAGACGGCCGAUACCUGGCCUCAGCUUCCGAUGACCAGACGGUUCGGAUCUGGGCGUACGUCGAUACCAACUCCACGGGGGACGGCGCAGACGCCAAACGAGUCCUCAAAGUCAAACCGCCCUCCGUUCAAGCCAGCAGCUCAGGCCAGGGACGAUGGAUUCAAGUCGCAGAAAUAGAAGCCGGAGAGAGGAGUGUUUAUUCCGUUACCUGGACGUCGAAACCUGGAUCUCAGAAGGACGCAGACGGCAAUGUCAAUCUCGGUCUUCUUGCUGCUGCAGGAAGUGACGGAGUUAUACGCGUUUGGGGCAUAACGGAACCUGCCAAGGUCGCUGUUGGCGUGGAACACAAACUAGUUGCUUCCUAUGCGGAUGCACAUGGAGUUCAUGAUAUUAACGCCAUAUCGUGGUGUCCGCGCAAAGGGUAUGAGACGCUACUCGCGACAGCUGGAGAUGACCAGUGUAUUCGCGUCUGGGACGUCGUGCUGGGCUCAUCUUCGCAACAGUAUCAGGUGUGGUUAAAUCGGGAAUACGAUUGCAAGAGGCUCGCUCCAACGGACUGCUUUGUGAGGUUUGAAAGGAGAUUUGAAAAUGUGGAUCUGAAAAUGGCUAUGAAAGGCCGAAUGGUGCAAGCAUCAAGGUCUACAUGA